AAUGGAUUUCCUUGCUUUCACUGAUUAUUUUUCUUUCAUGCAUGUUGGGUUUUUUUUAUAUUGAUUUUGGUCAUGUGAUUUUUGUUCUUCAUUUUACUUGGAUUUUGAGAUUAUGUUUCUGUUCUAUUUAGAUUUUUGUUUUCCUCUGCUGAAAUUACAUUUGGUUAAAUUUUGUCAAUUUCUUUUUGUGUGUAGAAAAUUUUAGCGUUGUUUUUGUGGCUAUUAUAUGACUGGCUGACAAAUAGUGCCUUUAGCACUGCCUUCUCUCUCACUGAGUCCUAGCUCAACCCCUUAUGAAAAUGUAAUAGCUAUCACUAACUUUUGUUUUUGCUGUCUUAUUGUAUUUCCCAUGUUGAGAGAUAGAACUAAAAGGACAGUAAAAUGCUCGAAUAAUGGAACAGAGUUGAGAUUAUGCCCGAGAUGUUACUGUAACAACUGCAAAUACAAGUUGAGAGGAAGAUCAUAUUCCUUUUGUGGUGCAGCUGGAGUUUGUUUUCGUAUGCGCUGCGUUUCGUUGUAUGGCCAUAUGAAGCUGCAGAUGCAAAUAUUUCUGAAGGUACAUGAUGAUCCUUCUAACGUUCCAGUUGAUGGUCCAACUCAAUGGUCCUGCAAAGAGCAACUUAUUGCUCUGUUUUAUCAAGCUCGUAAAAUUAUGGAGAAAUCCCUUGAUGAUUAUGCUUUAUUGCUUAAAACGGACGAUUUUGAUGGGUCAAAAUGGAGUUUUUGUCCGGACGAUCAGCACUUAGUGCUGAAAUACCUUUGGGGGAAAAUAACUUUCAGUCAGUUGCCAUUGACUGAAGUUGUUAGAGAGAUCGUAAUGCCAGGGAAUUCAGCCCCUUUUCCGUUCGACAUACCUCCGGGGUUCUUUCGGCACGGUCCGAAUAAAACAUCCGCUUUUUUCUUUGUGUUCACGGGUCCUGAACCGUUAGGAGAAGCUGACUGGUUGGUCAGGGAUGGAGAUAACUUUUGGCGACCCAUUGUUGGAUACCCAGUGAUGCCAUUGCCAACCAUGGGUAGUGGUCCACAUAAUCCUGUUGGCUUUGUAAGAGAUUGGGCUUUCUACCAUGUUGCUUUGCCUGGUACACCGGCUAUUCCAAAUGAUCUAUAUGAGAUGAGGGAGUACCGGGUUAAUCCUGUGUUAAUUCCGGACGAAAGGAGAAUUCCCUACGUUCAACUCAUGGUUGACAGGCUCCGAAUAAUUGAGAUAAAAAAUCGCGACCCGCAUCUGAGGGUUUCGCAGGCUGGUCGUUCAGUGCCCCCGAGCGGUUUGUAUGAUGUUGGUGAUGGAAUCACCGUUCUUCCGGCCGAUGCUCCGAUUGGAGCCUUCAAGCCUCCUUCCCAGAUCCAGAACCAGAUUGAUCAACCCCCAAUAAAUCAGCCUGUUCGACAGAGGCGCAGGCGUAGGGUAGAUUAAUUAGGAACAGGAAUCUUGAGGCUGCAUCUAAUCGAGCAUAGUUUUAUUUUAACGUAUUUAACCUUCUAAGUUACUUCUGUAUCCAACGUCUUCCCUCUGAGAGGAAGAAGACGGAAAAAAAAUUAAUCCCCAAUUUUAUAUUUAGUAAAAAAAAAUGCAAUUUUAUAUUUGGCUGAAGAACCUAAA